AUGGUGGGAGGACACGGCCACGGCGGUACAACCUACAAAGGCGUAACCAUUCAUCAACCUAAGCGCUGGCACACCAUCACCGGCAAAGGCUUGUGCGCUGUCAUGUGGUUUUGGGUGAUGUACAGGGCAAAGCAAGAUGCUCCCGUUGUACUGGGCUGGAGGCAUCCCUGGGAGGGUCAUGAUGAUCACGGAAGCGGCCAUUAA